UUUUUUAAAAAAAGAAUCAAAAUUUUCUAGCUUUUAGAAAAAACGGCUGCUUCUAGAGCACCUUGUUUUUUUCAAAGAAAAUGGCAGGCUCUUAAUAAGAGGGUGCAUUUGGCGGCAACAAAAUGAACCAAUUUGGGGAGGUCUCAAUUCUCAUCACAAAUUAAUUUUGGGUUCUAGGGUUUCAAAUUCGAUCAUUCACCAUUGUCGACGAAACACGAUGGGCUAACUUCUGUUGAGAAGCGAUUUAUUUGUUCUUCCUGGUACAGUAGUUGUUUAGCAUAUAGGUCUCUCAUUCUUGCAAUGAACUUGGAAAGGAAAUGUAGUGUGACAACCAUGGGCGAUCAAAACCAAUCCCCUGGCAGUUCUGGUGGUGAUGGACAUUCUAAAGGCCAGAUUCUUGAAAACCUACCUCAGGAAAAACUGAAUAUUGAGACAGAAUGUGAAGAAACUGGCAUUGAUUGGAUCAGCGAGCUACCUGACGCUCUUAUUGUACAAAUUCUUUCUCAAAUGCCCAUACAAGAUGCCUUCAAAACAUCUAUUCUCUCUAAACGUUGGCAAUACCCCUGGACUUCUAUAGACAACCUUAUUUUUGACAACAGGAAUACCAAUUGGUCCGAUAGAGAGAAUGUGAUUAAUAAGUUCAUUUCCUUCACAGACAAUGUACUACCUCUCCUUUGCUGCACUAAAAUUAAAAAGUUCUGUCUAUAUUUCCGAUUUUGCCUUGUUGCUUCUUAUAGUUCCAAAAUUGACAAGUGGCUUGAAAUUGCUUUAAAGAAAAAAGUGGAGGAUCUUGACCUGGAAAUAUGGUAUUAUGAUCAAAACCCCUAUGUCUUGCCACAAGUUCUCUGCAACAACUCAUCCAUUGUAAAAUUUAAUUGCGAGUUUUGCAGCAUACCAGAAGAAUGUGUACUAAAUUGGACAUCCCUGAAGAGUUUGACACUAACCUAUUUGUUUCUUCGGGACGAACAUGUUGAACAAAUAGUAACAAAUUGUCCUCAGUUGGAAUCGUUGAAGCUAUGUGAGUUUUGUGGUUUUCAUCGCUUACAUAUAACUUCUCCAAAAUGUAGAAGUCUGCAAUUGAUUGAUCAUGCCCAUCCUGAUGGAGAUUGGGGUCCAUUUGGAGGUGAUUGUUCCUUCGAAAUAGUUGCCCCAUAUAUUCAACAUUUAAAGAUUUCGGGGCAUUUUGAUAACGUGGAAAUUAGACUUGGGGACCUUUCAUCUUUAGUCCACGCUGAUCUUACUUUCUCUGUUGAUGUUGUAUUUGACAAAACCGUGGAACUUCUCUUGGCAAGUGUACGUUGUGCUAAUGAGCUAAUGAUCCCAUGCUGGUUUAUCGAGAUGAUUUAUGUGUCGGUGUUAGAAAAGAAGAAAGAUGUUCCAUUGCUGAUGCUGAAGUGCAAACAGUUGACGAUAAAUUCUUGGAUUUCAAGAAAUGCCAUUCUCGGCAUAGGUGUUCUCUUAAAGUCAACUCCUUAUCUGGAGAAUUUGAUGAUACUUCAUGAAGAGGGAGAUUUCUUUGUCUGGGAUGAAGACUUGGAAGACGAAGAGUUUGAUUGGUCAGGAGACACUUCCCUCUCCUUGCAUGAAAACAUAUUCAAAGGCUCCUUACAGAAUUUGAAGCAUGUUGAGGUUACUUCAAACUGUUGUAGUUGUCAACACAAAGCUGACGCAACAGAGCGCCUUUCAGAAUUUUUGAAGUCUUUGCUUGAGCAUGCAAAAAAUCUUGAGAAACUGGUUAUAGCGCCAUGGCACAAUGGAUGCGAUAUCUCUUCAGCCAAUAUCUCAAAAGUGAUUAAGAACUUGCUAGCUUUUCCAGGAGCUUCUAAUAUUGCAGUUGUUUCCUUAGGAUCGGUCUCCGGUGUUGACUUUUCAGGGGAGUAGAAACUUUUAUACUGACCUUGUUUGUUCUAAUAUUUUGUUCAACUACUUUUGGAACUCUUAUAUUUUUGUAUGUCAGUGUAAAAAAAUGUUGACCAUCAAGUUACUGUGUAACUGAAAGAGGAGA